AUGCAGCAGUGGCUCGGUGAGAGAGAAGCUUGGGCCAUCGAGGGGCAUUGGAGGGGCACGGCGGCUGGAGCUUCUGCUCCUUUCUCCACCCUCCGGACCACAGCUCCGGAGUACACGGCAGGCAAGCGGGCAGGUAGCCAGGGGCUCGCGGCUUCUUUGGGACACGGCAAUGUCGACUCUGACAUCAACAUGGCGAAAUAUCUACACUUCCUCCCAACUCUUCGCGGCACACCUGGCAGACGAUCUACUGUAGUGCUGGUAGGCCAGCCUGACUCUGGAGAAUGUCCCGCCAAUGGGACAAGCAGUUGGACGUCUGAAUGGUACGCAAUUUGA